AUGCCUGAAUAUACCAGAUACGUGUCGGUUUACACUGGCCCAGACUUUUUCUCAAGGCUGAAAGAUGAAUACAUGGAGGCUUGGGAGCGCAUGGGACAGAGAAAAAACACCAAAGUGAUUCGUGACGAAGACAUUCCUACCGAGGACUCAACCCUGAACCACCUUCAGCUGCACUGCCAUCUCUUGUUCCGUGUACCUGUGGACAGUCAGGACACUCCUCACUCCGAAAUCAUCGAGUACGCCUCAAACAUUAUUGCAUCCUGCCUCCAUCCCGAGACCCGAGAUAGUGGCGAUUCUUUUAAAAACACAGAUCACCCUCUUUUCGACGAGGACGGUCGUGUGAUAGAUGAACUUCUGCCAUCCGAAUGGACUGCCAUCGACGUCGACCGACAAUUCAUGGCCUACCCCAGGAUCUGUGCGGAGGAUGCCAUUUCCAAGCGCGUUCGACGGGAGCGCCUGAAAGAUUUCGGAAAUGCUGAAGUCACUUAUCGGAGAGACUCGUCGGGAAAUACUACCUCGAAGGUAGUGGACGGUGCAUCUUGCUUUAUGAACGAUAAUCCAAAUACCCGCUAG